CCUGUGGUAACUAGUUUUCUGUGUGUACAUGCAUGGGCAGCUGUUGUGAACACGUGUUUUUUUGUUAUUUUGUGUCACAUUGACUUGUGCUGUAACAUUGGAUAUCACUUAUAGAAGAGAUUUGACAUGGAAUCAUAUCACAGGAAAACUGCAUGACACAGAAAGUCAAACUGCUUUAUGUUUAUAUGUUUAAGCUUCCAAAAUUUUAAAUAUAAAAUUUAGAGCAGAAGCAAAAAAAGAAUGUCAGAAUCUGUUCAGUACUCUGCAGUAGGAAGUGGAGAGGGAAGAAUACGAAUUUACAGACAACAAUCUUCAGUUGAUGUGCAAUGGCGAGAUGUUUUCUUUAGAUAUGAUGAAAACAGUGAUGGUAGAAUAUCUUUAAGUGAACUUCGAGAGCUAUUGAAUGAUGAGUUAUUUAUUACGGGCAUUCCAGACCAUGCUGUUCGGAGGCUGAUGAAAUCUGCUGAUCAUGAUGAAAGUGGUUACAUUGAAUACAAGGAAUUUAUGAAAAUGGUGAAAUCUUCUCAGUUCCAAAGCCUGUUGAAAUUUUAUGUGGCCCGCUAUGUUGAUACCGUUGUUCCUAAGGGAGCAAUGGAGGGUGCUUAUGAAGAGGAAUAUACCUGUAAAACUUUCAUAAAUAGUAUAGCAAUCAUAAGUGUAAUUGAGAUUUUCUUCUUCAUCAUUGAUGAGUCUUUGAGUGAAAAUUAUGUAUUUGGGCCAGUUGCUAGACUUUUCAUCUACAAUCCUUAUCGUCGAUCAGAAAUUUGGAGGUGGCUGACGUACAUGUUUGUACAUGUAGGGACAACACACCUAAUUGUUAAUGUCGUAGUGCAGCUUCUGCUGGGUGUGCCCCUUGAAAUGGUCCACGGAAGGCGGCGGAUGCUGGCAGUAUACUCAUCUGGAGUCAUAUUUGGUGCCCUCCUCACAUCUGUUUUUGAUCCAGUAGUGUUCCUUGCAGGUGCAUCUGGAGGUGUCUAUGCUCUUCUGUUUGCUCACAUAGCUGCUAUUUUCUUGAACUGGAGUGAGAUGAAGUACAAUACUUACCAAGUAAUGAUACUAACAAUAAUAAUUUUAUAUGAUUUCACUGUGGCAGUGUACUAUAGGUAUUACAAUGCUGGAGAUGACAAGACUGGGUAUUUUGCUCAUAUUGGUGGUGGUAUAGCUGGUCUCCUGGUGGGAUUCUGUGUGCUCCGCAAUCUCAAUGUCCUACGAUGGGAGAAAACUGUUCAACGUGCAUGCCUGACAAUCUUCAUUGCUUCAGUUAUCAUUGCAGCAAUCAUAAAUUUCACAUGUAAGAGUUGUUUUCUGGAAUGAAGCUAGAUAAUCAUGAAAUGUGAAUCAGGAAAACACUUCUCAGCUAUGGCCAUUGAUGAUAUGAGAAGAAGAACAUCAAUUCUUCAUAUGAGACUCAUCACAGCAUAGCAUAUCUGCAACAGACUGCAGUGUCUUUUUCAUGAUGCAGUAUUCUGCAACUGAUAUUCCACAAACCGUGUGAGGGGAACAUAACUAAAUUAUACAUUAUUUUGUAGUAAUUGAAAGUGUAAAUUUCUGUACCCUGAAUGAGAGGUAUGUAGGAGAUAGAAGAACAGCCUUUGUAAUAAUUUUUUUUGUAUAUUCUUGUAUUCCUCUGUCUUCUCAGUGAUCGUCCAUUACCAUUAGUUUGUAAUGAUUCUUGUGUGGGUCACUUGUUAUCUAGACCAUUUUAUAUCCUUAAAACCUCUGUAGCACUAUACCUAAUCACAGAAGAAUAAUGUUUAUGCAUAAUAUGUAAUGACAAGUAGAUGGAA